GGGAGAGAAAAGGCGGGGCGAGAAAGGGAGCUGGCCUUGCGCAUGCGCAGCCGCGUUCUUGUCGACCGAGAGAGCGAGCGAGCGUCAGGGUGUUUGUAAGGAAUUAUCACAACACUUAACGUCAUGGCUGAUGAAGUGGUGGAAGGGUUCGUGGUGCGGCUGCGGGGCCUUCCCUGGUCUUGCUCAUCCGAAGAGGUCAUCAAGUUCCUCUCAGGAUGUGCCAUCGUGAAUAGUGCCGACGGCGUACACUUCACCAACUCACGUGAAGGCCGACCCAGCGGGGAGGCUUUUGUGGAGCUGGAGUCGGAAGAGGACCUGGAUAGGGCUUUGGAACGUGACCACAAGAACAUGGGGCACCGCUACAUUGAAGUGUUCCGAUCGAAGUUGAGCGAGCUCAACUGGGUGCUGAACCAGCAGAACCCGGUGGCGCUGCCCGAGAGUGGGGAGGCUGAGGGCUGCGUGCGUUUGCGCGGCCUGCCCUUCUCCUGCAGCAAGGAGGAGAUUGCGCAGUUCUUUACUGGGCUGGAAAUCGUGCCGAACGGGAUUACGCUGCCGGUGGACUACCAGGGGCGGAGCACUGGGGAGGCCUUCGUUCAGUUUGCCUCGCAAGAGGCAGCCGAGAAGGCUCUGGGCAAGCACAAGGAAAGGAUAGGGCACAGGUACAUCGAGGUUUUCAAGAGUAACAGGGGUGAGGUACGCGCCUACUACGACCCACCAAAGCGGCUAAUGAUGGGAAUGCAGAGGCCCGGGCCCUACGAUCGGCCUAUGGGAGGUGGCCGUGGGGGCCCUCCCAUGCGUGGAGGCUUUGACCGCAUGCGCCGAGGCGGUGGCUAUGGAGGUUAUGGUGGUGGAUAUGACGAUGGCUUCAAUGGCUACAAUGACAACUAUGGCUAUGACCGUGGUUUUGACCAGGGUGGGAAGGGCAUGAUGGGUAUGGGUAUGGGGGGUGGCAUGGGAGGUGGCGGCAUGUCCCGAGGCAUGUCUGGCCGUGGCUAUGGAGGUGGAGGAGGAGGAGAAUCCACCUACCAGAGUUCCUCUGGACACUUUGUGCACAUGCGGGGCCUGCCCUUCAGAGCCACAGAGUUGGACAUUAACAACUUCUUCACGCCGCUGAACCCAGUUCGCGUGAACAUCGAGUACGACGGGAGUGGGAGGCCCACGGGAGAGUGUGACGUCGAGUUUGCCUCUCACGAGGAUGCCGUGACCGCCAUGGCCAAGGACAAGGCUCACAUGCAACAUCGCUACAUCGAGCUCUUCCUCAACUCCUCUGCUUCAGCCAGCAUGGGUGGGGGUAACUACGGUGGUGGCAACGGCAUGGGUGGUGGUUAUAAUGGAGGCCGUUUUGCGGGUUUUUCAGGCUCUCAGUCAAGCUUCAGCACCGGUAACCAGGGCGGCUACAACACAACUGCCGCUGGCAUGUCUGGCGGAUAUGGCAACAGCAACUUUAGCGCCGAUGGCUAUGGCGGUAACAUGGGAGGAGGCUAUGGAGGCACAGGCGGCAUGGGGGCAGGGGGUGGCUUCUACAGCGGCAGUACGCAGAACAGCGGGAUGGGAAUGGGUGGUUCGGCCAUGGGAAAAAUGGGCAGGGGGAACUGGAACAUGUGAAUUCCAAACCGAGGCAUAGUGAAAAGCUUGGUCUCUUUCUCGUUUGUAGCCAGGUCUUUGUGGAUAGCCAGCCAGUUUGAGCUCUUUCUGAGACGCCCGUUUCUGAAUCCUGUUGUGAUAGGUGGAAGCGCCUCUGGUUGUGGUAAUUCCAACCUUUUAUGCUUAUAACACCCUGUGUUGACAGUAUGUAUGGCAGAGACGUAUAUAUACUGUUAUUUUUUUGUUUAUUGUAUUAAUUUUCCUUGAACAACUUCAUACAUUUUGGCAGUGCGUGUGAAUAAAUGUCUUUCAUAUUACAA